CGACUGAAAGCAUUCAAGUUGUGAGUUUGUCUUUUGUAAAUAUACCGCUGCAUUAUUAGCCUCUUUUUUCUCUUCUUCUUCUUUUUCUUUUACUUUUUCAGACAAAAUGGCGUCAAACUUGAAGAUUGCGCUUAUCCAGCUAUACUCCAAGCCCCUCGACAUAGCCGGCAACUUUGCCCGCGCAGAGUCGUACAUCCGCAAAGCCGCCUCGCAGGGCGCAAACCUGGCCGUCCUCCCCGAAUACCACCUCUCCUCGUGGAAGGCCGACUCCGCGAUCCUCCUCGCCGAGGCCAAGAAGCAGACGCCGUACCUGGCGCGAUACCAGGCCCUCGCCAAGGAACUCGCCAUCGCCAUCGUCCCCGGCACGAUCCUGGAGCCGCUGCCCGCCGCCGCCGAGGGCGAAUCGGCCGACGAGGGCGUCGCCAACGCCGCGUACUUCAUCGGCCCCGACGGCGCCGUGCUGGGCCGCUACCAGAAGAAGAACCUGUGGCACCCGGAGAGGCCGCACCUGACGGCCGACGCGCUGACGCCUCACACGGCCUUUGACACGCCCUUUGGCCGCGUCGGCCUCAUCAUCUGCUGGGACCUGGCCUUCCCGGAGGCGUGCCGCGCGCUGGCCGCCGACGGGGCAAAGCUUGUCAUCUGCCCGACCUUCUGGCUCAACAGCGACGGCGGCGACAUUGGCGCAGAGGUGAAUCCGGACUGCGAGCGGCUGUUCCUGGAGAACGUGGCCGUUGCGCGGGCCUUUGAGAACACGUGCGCCUUUGUCUUCAACAACACCGGCUCGCCGCUGGGCUCUGCGGCGACGGGCAAGGACGACGAGGGCACCGAGUUCAUUGGCCUGUCGCAGGUGGCCAUGCCGCUGCAGGGCGCGCUGGGCAAGCUGGGCGUGGAGGAGGGCAUGAGCCUGGUGGAUGUGGAGGGCAGGGUGCUGGACAUUGCGGAGGAGGUGUACAAGGUGAGGGCGGAUAUUGCCUUGGAGGAGUGGCAUUAUGCGCAUACGCUGAAGAAUCUGGCAAAGUAGAAAGGGGGUUUGGG